ACAUCGUAGUACAAGAUGAAACUGUUUUGUUACAAUAUUGAGCUUGCAAAAGAGUGGCCGGGCUUACCAAAAGGUGUUAAAUUUGAUCCAUCUGAUAAGGAGAUAAUUUGGCACUUGCUUGCAAAAGUUGGUGUAGGAAAUUUACAACCUCAUCCUUUCGUAGAAGAGUUUAUUAUUACUCUUGAAGUGGAUGAUGGAAUUUGUUACACUCAUCCUCAAAACUUACCUGGUGUAAAGCAAGAUGGAAAUGCAACCCACUUUUUCCACAGAGCAAUUAAGGCUUACAAUACUGGCACACGAAAGCGCCGAAAAAUACAUGAUCAGGAUUUUGGUGAUGUCCGCUGGCAUAAAACUGGAAGAACUAAACCAGUAAUCUUGAAUGGGGCUCAAAAAGGCUGUAAAAAGAUUAUGGUUCUGUAUAUGAGCAGUGCGGGGGGAGGAAAAGCUGAGAAAACGAAUUGGGUUAUGCAUCAAUAUCAUUUAGGAACAGAAGAGGAUGAAAAAGACGGGGAAUUUGUUAUCUCUGAAGUGUUUUACCAGCAGCAGCAUGUCAAAUUGGGUGAUAUAGAUGAACAGGAUAUAACUGAAGCCACCGAAGAAACAAUCAUAAAAGUGGAUCCGGUUACUCCCAAAUCGGUGACUCCUGAGCCUCCUCACAAUGAAAGGCAGUAUUCAGAUGUUGAUCUAGGAUAAUUGCACCGUUGUUACCUCAGGCCGCUGCCUAUUUGAGAAGUACCUGACCCAUGGUUGGUAUCAGUAUCGUAAGGACAUGAGAUUGCAACCUGGUGAUCUCCUUAAGUUUACCCUUCCUAAGAAUCCAGGUUUUAUGUUGGUUGGUUGAACUAAUUCGUCGUCGUGAUCGUGCUUGAACAAGUCUCAGUUGAAGAAGGGUUUAGAGUUAUUUAGUAACUUCUGUUUCAAGAUGUCCAUGGUUUGCUUUUGUUUUAUGUAAUAUAUAAUCAAAUUAGUGUCCGUGCUAUGUUUUUAUCUAGGAAAAAAGACUCUGAUCUUUAACUGAUGUUUAUAUGUUAUGCUUUGUGUUGGAUUGCUCCCAGUGUACUAAUGAACUAUUUCUUGAAGUUUAUAAUGAAUUAAUCCUGGGAUUGCUACUAA